GCAGCCGACUUUGUGGUGCACACUCACUCGACGACGAUUGUGUAUUUUGUUCCUCGCAGAAAGUCUUUUUUCUGUCGUGUGUCUUUGCAGUGACAGAGUGGAGAUGAACCAGUUGGACGGAUAUUGUAGCGCGUAAAAAUUGUGGAUGGUUACUUUUGCGCAGCAACAUUUAAAGGAGUAUUUUGUCUCCAAAAGUUGCAGCACAGCACAAGAACGGGUCCGAUCCUUCUCUCCGCAAACAUACCGCCCGAAAGCAGGCUGGAAGACCACCGACUCCGGAGAACGCCGCGAUUCCGCAGAGCGCAGAUGAUCGCAACUGGUGUUUGUGGCGUCGCGCUGGUGCUGGUGUUGGUGGUUCUGAUCCCCGUCGUGGUGAACUCCGCCGGGAGCCCUGCCCGCUACGAGAUGCUCGGAUCCUGUCAAAUGGUGUGCGACUCCCACGGGACCGCAGCCACGGCCACGGCCAAAGCGACCAACCCGAUCAAAGAGAACCGUCUGGUCCAGUCGCUUCCGACGUUCAUCCAAGGUCCUCAAGGAGAGCCGGGGCGCGCCGGGAGGAUGGGUCCCAGGGGUCCGGUUGGCGAGACCGGACCACCUGGACCUGCUGGUCCUCCCGGAGAAAGAGGGGUACCGGGCCCACCGGGUCCACCCGGAGCCCCCGGAGCGAAUGGCCCCACCGGUGCCAUCAGCGCUGCCACUUACAACACAGUACCAAAGAUAGCAUUUUACGCAGGACUGAAGAAGCAGCAUGAGGGUUAUGAAGUGCUGAAAUUCGACGACGUUGUCACAAACCUGGGGAACCACUACGAUCCAUCUUCAGGAAAAUUCACCUGCUCAAUACCGGGGAUUUACUUCUUUGUUUACCAUGUGCUGAUGCGAGGCGGGGAUGGAACCAGCAUGUGGGCUGACCUCUGUAAAAACAACCAGGUGAGAGCCAGCGCCAUCGCCCAGGACGCCGACCAGAACUACGACUACGCAAGCAACAGUGUUGUCCUGCACCUGGAGCCCGGGGACGAGAUUUACAUUAAACUGGACGGCGGGAAGGCGCACGGGGGCAACAACAACAAGUACAGCACGUUCUCCGGGUUCAUGUUGUACGCUGAUUGAAACACGGAGACGCUGCGCUGUGGGAGGGGAUCCACUCUGCACAUAGCUUUUUGCUUCAUUGCUCAGUCUCGGUUCGAUGUCAGUUGGAUUAUUAGAGACAGAGCUCACCAUUUCCAUAUUGCAAACGACCCAAGGAUGAUGUGAAGGAAGGCAAGCGAAGAACAAAUGAAAGAGUAAAGGACUGUACUUAGCAAUAGUGAUGCUCUCACAGUGUAAUCACAGGAUAGGCAGAGUGAAUUUUAAUUUGUACAUCUUUGAAUUGUUCCCUUGUCAGAUUGAUUCUCGCACUUUGAAUGAACUCCCGCUUUACAAAUUCAGUUUGCUGACAUGUCAAACAUACUGUAGAUGCCGUGGUAACACAUACUGAGUGACUGUAGAUUAAAAGCUCAAUGUACUGGCCCUUUAGCAUUGAAUUGUAGAUGCUAAAAUGAUACUCACAUAAUCACCACUCUGUUCUCAGUGUUGUUAGUUCACGUGCGUGCUUUAUUCUUUCAAAACAAAUCUGUGAUAGUUGUUGCAUAUUGGGUGAAAAUGUUUAAACCUGUAGUGAUGCAUGAAUAUAACGAUUUAACAUUUGAAACUCUGAGCAGCAUAGAAACACUUGGAGAAGUUGAAAUCUGUAAAGGGCCCUUCUGAUGUUCACAUUGAAGCACUGUCUCAAAAA